AUGGGAGAUGUGUCCCAUCACGGCAUCCUUUCCCCACAGCAGGGGAAAACCACUGACCCUGGAUGGCCCAAGCUCUCCAAGGACACAUCAUCUGAUCAGUGCAGGGAGACGGGGGACCAGAAGAGCCUCCGCCCCAACUGGGAGUUGGCCAACGUGAUUGAAGCAGCCAAGAGAUUGAACCUGCCACCAGUCAGAGAGGUGGAGGGAGGGGAGAACUUGUGCGAGGAGCACCAGGAACCCCUGAAGCUCUUCUGCCAAGACGACAAAAAGCUUAUCUGCGUGGUGUGUGACAGGUCUGAGGGGCACCAUGACCAUUCUGUGGUUCCCAUAGAAGAGGCUGCCCAGGAGUACAAGAAGAAGACAACAGCUGCAAAGCAGAAGGUUGUAAUGACAUAUAGGAAGUUGCAUGAGUUGCUGGAGAAGCAGGAGUCCUCUCUUCUGGCCCAGCUGGAGCAGCUGGACACAGAGAUAAGGAACACGCAUGAAGAAAUCUUCCACGAGCUUUUGGAGGAGAGGACAAGCCUGGGCACCCUGACUGGGGAGAUGGAGAGGGUAUACCAGCAGCCAGACUGGCAGCUCCUGAAGGACAUCAGAACCACCUUAAGCAGGGGCCAGAGAGAAUCGCUCUCCCACUCACUCGAUAUUUCCCUUGAGCUGGAAAAGAAAUUCUCUGAUUUCACAGAGAAAACUGCAGCCAUCAAGGAGGCUCUGGAGAAAUUCCAAGACUUCCUGGAGUUUGAACUUCCAUUGACAACACAGAUGACGCUGGACCCAAGGACGGCUAAUGGCAGGCUUUAUCUCUCGGAAGACUGCAAGCUCAUGCGGUGGGAACCCUUUGACCAGGACCUGCCCUCCAAGCCGUGGAGGUUCAAAGUUGAUCCCUGUAAGAAGACAACAGCUGCAAAGCAGAAGGUUGUAAUGACAUAUAGGAAGUUGCAUGAGUUGCUGGAGAAGCAGGAGUCCUCUCUUCUGGCCCAGCUGGAGCAGCUGGACACAGAGAUAAGGAACACGCAUGAAGAAAUCUUCCACGAGCUUUUGGAGGAGAGGACAAGCCUGGGCACGCUGAUUGGGGAGAUGGAGAGGGUAUACCAGCAGCCAGACCGGCAGCUCCUGAAGGACAUCAGAACCACCUUAAGCAGGGGCCAGAGAGAAUCGCUCUCCCACUCACUCGAUAUUUCCCUUGAGCUGGAAAAGAAAUUCUCUGAUUUCACAGAGAAAACUGCAGCCAUCAAGGAGGCUCUGGAGAAAUUCCAAGACUUCCUGGAGUUUGAACUUCCAUUGACAACACAGAUGACGCUGGACCCAAGGACGGCUAAUGGCAGGCUUUAUCUCUCGGAAGACUGCAAGCUCAUGCGUGUCCCCAAGAGGAUACGAAUCUGCUUGGACUAUGAGGAAGGGAGGGUGGUGUUUUUUGAUGCCGAGAGCAAAGAACAGAUCUUUGUUUUUCCGCAGGCAUCUUUUCAAGGGGAGAGAGUCUUCCCGUGGUUCAUG